UCCACACAUUUAGAUACAUGAGUAAACAAUAUUUCCCAUCUCUUAUCUGAAUCCUCUUAAUUGCAUUUAGAAAGUCACAGUAAGUUGGGCUUCGAGCUGUUCAGACCUCCGGCCUUCUAUCAAAACAAAAAAAAUUGGACUUCGAGAUAACAAAAAUGGCCGAGGUUGUAACAGUACUGCUGAGUAACGGAGUAAGGAUGCCUGUAAUAGGGUUUGGUUUGGCUGCAGAGGAUGUCAUGAUAUCCAAGGGCUCUGCACCAGUCGACCAUAUUAAGGCUUCAGUGCUUACAGCCAUUCAGGUUGGUUAUCGGACAUUCGAUACUGCAAGCGCUUAUUUCACAGAAGGCAUAUUGGGAGAAUCUCUGAAGGAUGCUUUUGAAAAGGGUAUGGUAUCUCGGGAGGACGUUUUUGUCACCUCCAAACUUUUUCCUGGCGACAGUUAUCCUCAGGACGUCAUUCCUGCUCUUCGGAAAAGCUUAGAGAAAUUGAAGCUAGAAUACUUGGAUUUGUAUCUGAUCCACAUUCCUGCAGCCCUUAGAAAAGGUGUCGUGUAUCCUCAUAUAACGCCAGAUGAUGUUGUAGCAAUGGACCUCCAAGGUGUUUGGAGGGCAAUGGAGCAAUGUGUUGAACUUGGCCUCACUAAAGCAAUUGGAGUCAGUAAUUUUUCUUCUAAGAAGAUUAGCGAUCUGCUUGCCUUUUCCAGGAUACCUCCUGCUGUAAACCAGGUUCAGAUGCAUCCUAAUUGGCAACAGAAGAAAUUGAGGGAGUAUUGUAAGAGCGUAAACAUUCAUGUUUCUGCAUUCUCACCAUUAGGAGGACCAGGAAAUUCAUGGGGAUCAAACAAUGUCUUAGAUAAUCCUGUAAUUAAAGAGAUUGCCAAUAAACAUUUCAAAACUCCUGCUCAGGUGGUCUUGCGCUGGGGAAUAGAGAACGGUGUAAGUGUGAUGACUAAAAGUUUCAAUCCUACCAGAAUAUCAGAAAACUUCCAAGUAUUCAACUGGAAAUUAGAUGAAGAAGAUCAUGAGAAGAUCAAUAAUAUAAGACAACAACGAAUAGAGUUUAUGGAGAAGAUUUUUGUGAAUCCAAUCAAUGGUCCAUUUAAAACAGCCGAGGAACUUUGGGAUGGUGAGAUCUAAAUAUAUAUGAAGAUCAUGAGAAGAUCAAUAAUAUAAGACAACAACGAAUAGAGUUUAUGGAGAAGAUUUUUGUGAAUCCAAUCAAUGGUCCAUUUAAAACAGUCGAGGAACUUUGGGAUGGUGAGAUCUAAAUAUAUAUGAAUGAUAUAUCCUUUCAUAGAAUUAAGUGCUCUUAUUAGCUAUUUCAUACAAAGGAUAUGAAGUAUCUAGCCACAAAUGGAUAGUUUUUCAAACAAGUUAAUCAUACACAAACAUUUCAUUCA